AACAUUUCGAAUAGUAGCUAGUGGUGGUCUGACAGCCGUCGUCGGCGACAUUUGUAAACUGUGUGUUCGAGUAAAGACUGGACUGCGAUAUGGUGGGAGUGGGCAUAGAAAUCCCCGACAUUGAGGCCUUUAUUUUAAAUGAAUAUAUCCCUGCCAAGCCGCUGGACAGCAACCUGGAGGUGGACUUUACCCUCAGAAAACAGGCAAAGUCGGAGAAAUGCGGACAGCGAAGAUGCGGCGAUAUUCUAAAGUUUCCAUUUGCACAGACGACAGGCACGCUAACAGCGGCUAGUAUAAAAGAGAGCAAAGUGCUUGUGGAUGCCGAUAAGGCGACAGAAACUAAACGUGUGGUGGAAAUCACAUUAGAGUCGGACGACUUUGACUAUGAGCCAGGCGACACAAUCGGCCUGCUGCCCAGCAACGCACCCGAAGUGGUGGAGCAAUUGUUGAAGCGCCUCGGACUGAUCGAUCAGGCAGACACCAUUUGCCAAAUAAAACUCGCCUUAAAGUGCGCCAAGAAGAGUGCCAAGGUUCCCGCUCACAUACCGGACUCGACAUGCCCACGCGAGAUUUUCACCCACUGCCUGGCUCUCAGUGGAGUGCUUCAGAAGCAGUUUCUCAGCGCCCUGGCGGGCUACACCAGCGACACCAAGGAGCGCAGUUUCCUGGCCUGCCUCUCAUCCAAACAGGCAACAGCACACUACAGCUCGUUGAUCCUUGAGCGUGGCCUACGCUUUACGGACAUUCUCGAACUGUGUGCCAGCUGUCAGCCACCUUUGGCGUUUCUGGUGGAGCAUCUGCCACGCCUACUGCCGCGUCCCUACUCCAUAGCCAAUAGUCCCUUGGAGAGCGGCUCACAGGAGCUUCGCAUCAUCUAUUCCGUACUGAGUCCGACGGCCGGCGUGACGACCAGCAUGCUGGAGGCAAAGUGCCGGCAACAGGAGCAACCGGCUAAAGUGUUUAUCUAUCCACGUCUGACCAAUACUUUCCGCUACACAGAGGAGGAUCUAUGCAGCAACCAAAUACUCAUUGCAGUGGGCACGGGACUGUCCCCCUUCCUCGCUUUUCUGGCCCACAAGGAACAUCAUCAGAAGCAGCAGCAGCAGCCGGUCAAAGGACAAACCUGGCUAUAUGUGGGCGCCAAGACUCCGCAAGCUAUUCUUAAACGAAAUAAGCUGCUAGCCUGGCAACAGUCGUCAGUGCUGCAGCGUCUGCGUAUGUGCCACUCCCGUGGCGAAUCUCCCACCUACGUGCAACAGUUGCUGCAGGAAGACGCAGAGGAACUGAUAAAGCUGCUACUCAAACCGGAUACAGUGCUGUACGUGUGUGCCGAUGGCGCCAAGAUAUCCACGUCCAUAGCCAGCGGACUUGGCCUCUGCCUGCAGAACGUUCUCCAUCUGGACGAGACGGAGGCUACACAGCAGCUGAAGGAGCUGCGUCAACAGGGCAAAUACCGCGAGGAUCUCUGGCUGUAGGGGGAGGGGGAUAUGACGAACACAAAAAUAAUGCUAUUGCUUUGGUCGAAUAAGUAAAUAACGAUAUAUUUAACAACACAAAAUAAAAAUUACAGUGCAGCGGACUAAACUAAAUACAUACAAUGGUGUGAGGGGCAGGCCACAUCUCGGCAUUAUCAUCCUCAAUGAUCAAAGUGGUGGUGGGACGACAAGAACUUAAUUUUUUCUGUGUGUGUGUGUGUGUGUGUGUGUGCGUAAAUUACAAUUAAAUGCUAGAUUUGCAAAAUAAUUCUAAAUAAGAGUAGAGGAUAUACGAUUACGACUUAGGUUUUUUGCAAGCAAAAUAAAAUACAAUACAUAUGAGUGUGCAUUUUGUAGAAAAACAUAAAAACUUAAUGUGGAAUUUUUUUCUGUUACUUUUUGUGCGUAAUGUAACGAUGAACGAUGAAGCUACCAUUAAAGCGAUAUCGUUAUCUUCGUAGUUGUUAUCAUACUGUUUAUUUACCGGCAAGCCAUGU